CUUACAAUUGAAGAAGAUAAAUUCGCUCCCUCCUGAUACCUGGUAGCGGCAAAAAUUUGAAUUCACCCUAAGCACCUUAUAUUCACAGUCUUAAAAUACCUUUGCCUUGUCUUUCUUUUCCACAUCUUACUGUCUUAAUCUCCAAUGGCUCAUCAAGAAAACUGCACGCGCCCUCAGCGCGAAGCCAAGAAAAGAGCUGCAGCUGCAAUUUCCGAACUUCAGGGUGCUGCCAAGAAGAAAAGGGUCGCGUUAGGGGACCUCACCAACUUGUCCAAUGAUGUUGUUGCCCCUAUUCAGAACGAGAAAAAGAGAAAUGUCGGAAAACCAAAGCCAACGGCGGCGCCGGCGGCGAAGCCGAUGCCGGAAAAGUCGGAUGAUCCCCAAAUGUGCGAGCCUUAUGUUUCUGAUAUUUACGAGUACCUUCGCAAGUUGGAGGUGGAGCCUAGUAAAAGACCGUUGCCUGAUUAUGUUCAGAAAGUUCAGAAGGACAUUAAUGCUAACAUGAGGGGUGUUCUGGUGGAUUGGUUGGUUGAGGUUGCUGAAGAAUACAAGCUUGUUUCCGACACACUUUAUUUAUCUGUUUCUUAUAUCGAUAGGUUUCUCUCUUCGAAUUCUCUUUCUAAACAGAAGUUGCAAUUACUUGGGGUCUCUUCCAUGCGGAUUGCUUCAAAAUACGAGGAGAUCAAGCCACCUGAAGUGGAGGACUUCUGUUACAUCACGGACAACACAUACUCCAAGGAAGAGGUUCUGGCAAUGGAAGCUGAUAUAUUGAAGUCCUUGAAAUUUGAAAUGGGCGGUCCUACAGUUAAGACAUUUCUAAGGAGAUUCUCUAGAGUUGCUCAACAGAGUGGUGAUAUUUUGGAGCUGCAUUUUGAGUUCCUUAGCUACUAUCUGGCCGAUCUUAGUUUGUUGGAUUAUAAUUGUGUGAAGUUCUUGCCUUCUUUGGUAGCUGCGUCUGUUGUCUUUCUAGCAAGAUUUAUCUUAAACCCUAAGACACAUCCUUGGAAUUCAGCACUCUAUCAGCUCACUAGAUAUAGACCUGGUGAUCUUAAGGAAUGUGUCCUUAACAUACAUGACUUGUACCUCAGUAGGAGAGGAGGCUCUUUGCAAGCUGUGAGAGAGAAAUACAAGCAGCAUAAGUUCAAAUGCGUGGCAACAACACCCUAUCCUCUAGAGAUACCUCUCUCCUUUUUUGAAUUUAGAGGGACGGGUCAUUAAGCAAUUGUGACUUGGCUUUCUCGCUGUGGCUUUGGUUUUAAUUAUUGGCAGAGGCAUGAGAAAAGGGUUUCCUAACACUAGAAGAUGAAAGUUAGUUAGAGUUGCUGAUGUUGAUUGAGGUGCUUGCCAUGAAAUGCUAUAGCAUUUGAUGCAUCAAUGCUGGUCUCACUGAUGAGUAAAUCCUAUAAGUAGGGAAUUAGGUUUUCUUGUUUAACAAUCUAAAGUUAGUUUUUGGAAAAGCUCCAUGAAGGAAUUCUGAUUUCCUUUUAUGUAUAGGGAAGUAGAAUACGUUUUCAUCUUUGUUGUUCCGUAUUUCCAUUGUACGAUGUCCAAGCUCGAUUGGUUACUUCAAUACUACAGUAUGGUCUGGGUUUGUCUGUUGUCUCAACAAAUGUCAUUGAUAGAAUAUUACCUUUCAUUUGUACUUCGAUUUUUUUUUU